GCCUCGUCACCAGACAUGGAGUCCAGCUAUGGGGGAGGCUUGCUAGAUAUGGUGAAAGGAGGAGCAGGGAGACUCUUCAGCAAUUUGAAGGAUAACCUGAAGGAUACCCUGAAAGAUACAUCUUCAAAGGUCAUGCAGUCUGUUGCCAGUUACACCAAGGGGGAGCUAGAUAUUUCAUACAUUACCUCAAGAAUCAUAGUGAUGUCUUUUCCGGCUGAAGGCGUUGAGCUGGGAUUCAGGAACCACAUUGAGGAUGUACGGACGUUUUUGGAUUCCAGACAUCCUGACCACUACACCGUCUUCAACUUGUCACCCAAGUAUUAUCGCAGUGCCAAGUUUCACAACCGGGUAUCCGAAUGUAGCUGGCCAGUGCGACAAGCGCCCAGUCUGCACAACCUCUAUGCCGUCUGUAAGAACAUGCACAACUGGCUACAGCAGAACCCCAAAAACGUGUGUGUUAUCCACUGCAUGGAUGGCCGUGCAGCCUCAGCAGUUCUGGUCAGUGCGAUGUUCUGUUUCUGUCACCUCUUCUCUAAUCCAGGCCCUGCUGUGCAGUUGCUGAACACAAAGAGACCUGGAAUUGUACUGUGGCCAUCUCACAGGAGAUACAUAGGAUACAUUUGUGAUCUCAUAGCAGACAAGCCCGUCAUCCCUCACUGCAAACCACUUACUAUCAAGUCAGUCACCCUCAGUCCCGUCCCCUGUUUCAACAAGCAACGAAAUGGCUGCCGGCCCUUCUGCGACAUUCUCAGCGGAGAAACCAGAAUCCUUACCACUUCCCAGGAGUAUGAAAGAAUGAAGGAAUACCGUGUGCAAGAAGGGAAAGUCCUAAUUCCACUGGGAGCCACUGUCCAUGGAGAUGUUGUUGUUUCUGUCUACCAUAUGAGAUCAACCAUUGGGGGACGUCUUCAAGCAAAAAUGACCAACACACAAAUAUUCCAAAUUCAAUUUCAUACUGGAUUCAUAGCCCUGGGAACAACCACCCUAAAAUUCACCAAGCCUGAACUGGAUGCCUGUGACUCUCCAGACAAAUAUCCUCAGCUCUUUCAUGUUGUACUGGACAUAGAAAUACAGUCUACCGAUAGACAAACCGAAUUAACUCCCCCCUGGGAGAACUUCACAACAAAAGACAUCAAUCCAACCAUUCUCUUCUCCUCUCAUCAGGAGCAUCAGGACACUCUUGCUUUGGCAGGUAGAGGUCCCACUGAUUCACCCCAGGAUAACAUAAGAAAUGUUGGUCAGAGUGCAUUCUUCUCAUCUCUCAGCUGGCAAGAUCAGAAAUCUGACAAAAGUAGCUCUCACCCCACCUCAGAGGAUCGAGCAGCGUUGGUGCAUGAGGAAAGCGAACAGUCAGAUGACGAACUCUUGUCCCUUUCCAGUCAGCACAGUAAUGCCAGUGGUGACAAGCCUCACGGGACACCAAAACACAGCAAAAAGCAGCAAGAGCCUCCAGCACCACCUCCGCCCGAAGACGUGGACCUGCUGGGCCUGGAUGGUAGCCCUAUGAGCAAGAGUUUUCCCUCGCAGCCCGCUGCUGCUCCCUCUAACUCAGACUUGCUGAAUGAUUUAUUUGGGGUUGGUGGGCCGAGUUCCCAGAGUCAAAGUGGACAGCCCGCUGCUGAGGAGGUCUUCCAUGUGGGAGGACCUGGAUCUGUGCAGUCAACUCCUCGGCGUUCCGCAGCUUCGGCAUCCCCAUCCCCAUCCCCAAGGGUAGGAGAAGCCACUGCCUUUGAUCCAUUUGGAAGUAGCCCUAAGCAAACUGGUCCAGACCUCCUGGGUUCCUUUCUUGGUUCAUCAGCUGUCCCUGGUGAUCCUUUCCUUCAGGCAACAAGAAGUCCUUCACCAACUGUGCACACUUCUAGCACACCAACGGUUUCCAUACAACCAGAUGUUUCUGGUGGCUGGGACUGGCCCAACAAACCAGGAGGCCUAGGAAUGGGAAGUAAGUCAGCUGCCACCAGUCCUACAGGAUCCCUUCACAGCACUCCCACUCAUCAGCCUAAACCCCAAACACUGGAUCCGUUUGCUGAUCUGGGAACUCUUGGAGCGAGUGGCCCUUCGUUUGCCAGUAAACCGACCACGCCGACAGGCAUGGGUGGAGGAUUCCCCCCCUCGCCGCAGAAGCCCUCUCCCCAGCCCAUGGGCGGCAGGGGGUACGGCUGGCAGCAGGCACAAGCCAAAGCCCAGCCAAGCAUGCCUCACGCCUCUCCCCAGAACAAGCCCAACUACAACGUGAGUUUCUCAGCAAUGCCAGGAGCACAAAACGAACGUGGAAAAGGACCAGCCAACGUUGAUUCAAAACCAAAAGUGUCUGCAGAUUUCGAAGAUCUAUUAUCUGGCCAAGGUUUUAAUGCUCACAAGGACAAAAAGGGCCCCAAAACAAUAGCUGAGAUGAGAAAAGAAGAAAUGGCUAAGGAGAUGGACCCUGAAAAACUAAAAGUCCUGGAGUGGAUUGAAGGGAAGGAGAGAAAUAUAAGAGCCCUGCUGUCCACAAUGCAUACGGUCUUAUGGGCAGGGGAGACCAAGUGGAAGCCUGUCAGUAUGGCAGAUCUUGUCACGCCAGAGCAAGUGAAGAAGGUCUACCGGCGGGCAGUGCUUGUCGUUCAUCCUGACAAGGCUACUGGGCAGCCGUAUGAACAAUAUGCAAAGAUGAUAUUUAUGGAGCUAAACGAUGCAUGGUCAGAAUUUGAAAACCAAGGACAAAAACCCCUGUAUUAGGUACUUUCUCAGUCUCCACUACAGACCUGUGCUAGUGCUUAUAUUGUCUCUUGUCACAAAUGCCACAGAUCAACCAAACUCUGGCUGGAAAUUCAGAAGUUUCAGAAAACUAAGAGCCUAAUACUUAUCAUGAAGAACAAGAGAAAGGUUUCAUUAUACUCGUAUCAAGACUCCUGAGCUCAGAGGAACUCUAGCCACCUGGCUUGCCAUACGAGAGCCACGGGGUUACAGUUUCUUGUAACUUUUGUAUUUUUCUUUGGAUUCAAGAGAGGUGAGAGAGAAAACACAUUUUGGGAAAAGGUGGAAUUGUUCUGUCUCUGACACAGUGUAGCUGGUGAAUUUCCUGCACUUUUUUUUUUGUGGUAUGGCAACACUUCAGUUGAGUUCAAUAACUGGCGGUGAAGCCCAAACUUCGAUGUACUUUCUUCCUAGGUUUGGAUCAAACUUCAACAAAUUUAAGUGCUCAGAUGUGGUUUAGGCACACUUCUAACAGUCACCAUUUGCUGCUUAGUUGCUCACACAGUAUAGUAUGCCUGAAUAGAGACAAAGCUGAAUCCGGGGUUAGAUCAGUGUGGUAGCUGACUGCUGCUUUAUGCAUUAAUACUGUACUUCACCUCACAGUCCAGCAGUGAAAUGUGC